GGCACAAAGGUCGGCGCUUGAUCCCAAAUGUGCGCAUGCGCGCAGUACACACCGGCUCUGGAGAGUUGGCGGCAGGUUAGAAAUGGCAAAGAAUUUCUGUGUGGUAAUCUCAAACACAACAACACGUCUGUUUCCUGUCUGUAUCCAGAUAUUUAUUAGUGACCAGAUAUUUUCUUUGUAACACCAGUAUAUCCGUUGUUGAUCCUUGGAGAUGAAGAAGUAUCUCAUGCCAGCUGGAAAUGUACUUUGUGUCUGAAAUGAAGUUUUCUGUUGGAAACAAUGAAAUCCCCAGGAACUGGGUGCUGAGAAUACACCAGCAUUUGUUCACUAGAGAUCAAUUCCUUAACUGCAUCGAUUUUGCGAGGGACUCACUACAUUUGACACCUGACUUGAUGAAUUACCAGAGAAUUGAUAACAGGGAGAUAUCAUUCUGCUGCUCUCAGUGUGGGAAGACAUUCACUCACUCAGUCUACCUGCAGUCACAUCUAUGAAUUCACACUGAGGUGAGGCCAUUCACCUGAUCUGUGUGUGGGAAGAGAUCUACUCGGUCAUCCCGCCUGAAGAUACAGGAGCAAGUUCACUCCAUACUGAGAUGGUUCACUUCUGCUGACUGCAGGAAGUGAUUCGUUCUACCAUCCAAAUUGACAAUACAUCAGAAAAUCCUCAUCAGUGAGAGACCUUUCACUUCCUAUAUGUCUGGGAAGAUAUUCACUCAGCGCACCGCAGACACACCAGUGAGUUGACAAGAGAGAGAGACUGCUCAAUUGUUCUGUGUCUGGGAAGAGAUUCACUUGGUCAUCAGACCUGCUCACUCAUGAGCAAGUGCACACUCUGGAGAGGCAGUACAUCUGCUCUGAAUGUGGGAAGGAAUUCACUCACUCAUCCCAUCUAGACAGAUAGAAACGAGUUCAUCUGUUAAGUGUGUGGGAAGGGAUUUACUCUGCCAUCUCACCUACUGGCCAUCCAAUUAGUUCAUACUGGGGAGAGGACAUUCACCUGUUCUGUUUGUGGGAAGGAAUUCACUCGGUUAGCAACUUAGGGAGACACGAAUCAGUUCACAUGGCAGAGAGGCCGAUUGUUUGCUUAGACUAUGGGAAGGGAUUCUCUCGGUCAUCUGAACUGAAGGUACAUCAGCAAGCUCACACUGAGGAGAGUCCAUUCACCUGCUCGGACUGUGGGAAGGGAUUCACUCACUCAUCUCAACUUAAGGUACAUCAGCGAGAUCAUACAGGGGAGAGACCAUUCACCUGCUCAGACUGUGGGAAGGGAUUCACUCACUCAUCUCAACUUAAGGUACAUCAGCGAGAUCAUACAGGGGAGAGACCAUUCACCUGCUUAGACUGUGGGAAGGGAUUCUCUCGGUCAUCUGAACUGAAGGUACAUCAGCGAGUUCACACUGGGGAGAGGCCAUUCACCUGCUUGGACUGUGGGAAGGGAUUCUCUCGGUCAUCUGUAUUGAAGGUACAUCAGCGAGUUCAUACUGGGGAGAGGCCAUUCACCUGCUUGGACUGUGGGAAGGGAUUCUCUCGGUCAUCUGAACUGAAGGUACAUCAGCGAGUUCACACUGGGGAGAGACCAUUCACCUGCUCAGACUGUGGGAAAGGAUUCACUCGGUCAUCUGAAUUGAAGGUACAUCAACGAGUUCACACUGGGGAGAAGCCUUUCACUUGCUCAGAUUGUGGGAAAGGAUUCACUCAGUUAUCUAAUCUAUUGGCACACCAAUUAGUUCACACUGGGGAGAGGCCAUUCAUUUGUGCAGAGUGUGGGAAGGGAUUCAUUCAGUCAUCUCAACUGAAGUUACAUCAGCGAGUUCACACUGGGGAGAGGCCAUUUAUUUGUGCAGACUGUGGGAAGGGAUUCACUCAGUCAUCUCAACUGAAGCGACAUCAUCGAGUUCACACUGGGGAGAGACCAUUCAGCUGCACAGACUGUGGGAAAGAAUUCUCUAGGUUAUCUGAACUGAAGGUCCAUCAGCGAGUUCACACUGGGGAGAGACCGUUUAGCUGCUCAGACUGUGGAAAGGGAUUCUCUCGGUCAUCUGAACUGAAGAUACAUCAGCGAGUUCACACCGGGGAGAGGCCGUUCAUUUGCUUGAUCUGUGAAAAGGGAUUCACCCUGUCAUCUCAGCUACUGGCACACCAGUUAGUUCACACUGGGGAGAGGCCGUUCAUUUGCUCAGACUGUGGAAAGGGAUUUACUCGGUCAUCACAGCUGAAGGUACAUCAGCGAGUUCACACUGGAGAGAGGCUGUUCACCUGCUCAGAAUGUGGGAAAGGAUUCACUCAAUCAUCCCACCUACUAGUACACCAGUUAGUUCACAGUAGGGAGAUGCCUUUCACAUGCUCUGAAUGUGGGAAGGGAUUUAAUAGGUCAUGCGACCUACAGUCACACCAGGGAGUUCACACUGGGGAAAGGCCGUUCACCUGCUCAGACUGUGGGAAGGGAUUCACUCGGUUAAGCAACCUACGGACACACCAAUUUGUUCACACAGGGGAGAAGCCAUUCAUCUGCUCAGACUGUGGAAAGGGAUUCACUCGGUCCACUGAUAUGAAGCUACAUCAGCGAGAUCACACAGGGCAGAGACCAUUUCUCUGCUCAGCCUGUGGGAAGGGAUUCACUCGGUCAUCUCACUUAAUGGCACACAAGUUAGUUCACACUGAGGGGAAGCAGUUCACCUGCUCAGACUGUGGGAAGGGAUUCACUCAGUCAUCCACUCUUCUGGCACACUACAGAAUUCACACAGGGGAGAGACCGUUCACCUGCACAGACUGUGGUAAGAGAUUCAAUCGGUCAUAUAAGCUGAAGGUUCAUAAGCGAGUUCACACUGGGGAGAGACCAUUCACCUGCUCAGACUGUGGGAAGGGAUUCUCUCGAUCAGAUCAACUAAAGGUUCAUCAACAAGUUCACACUGGGGAGAGAGCAUUCACCUGUUCAGUCUGUGGGAAGGCAUUCACUCGAUCCUAUAAACUGAAGGUCCAUCAGCGAGUUCACACUGGGGAGAGGCCAUUCACCUGCUCAGACUGUGGGAAGGGAUUCACUCACUCAUCCAGACUUGUGACACACUAUCAAGUUCACACAAGGGAAAAGAAUUAAAUAAGCUACACGCUGGAUAUUUAACCUUCACAGUUACUGAAUCCAGAGGCAAUUUCAAAAGUGAGCGUUGGUGUUCAUCUCUAAUGCUGCUGCUUAUCACACCCAGUUCUGCACCCUGGUCACUGGACGUGGGAGAAAUUUUUUCUGCUUAUGUUCACCUUUAACGGGACUGGACAGGUUUCCUUUUAAAUUCCUGCAUGACUUUCUGCAGAUUUAAGAAGAGGCAAGAUAACUAAAUUUAUGUUUUACAUGUUCUGCGUCCUGAAAUCUCUGGGCAAGGAAGAGUGACAUUGGUAGUUCACCUCCUUAUUCCCUGCUCAUUUCAACUGCUAUAUGUCAUUUUCACCAAAGAGCUGUAUCUCACACAGGUCAGUUGUUACAGUACACCGCUGUCCUGAAAGUAGAAUGGAGAACUAUGAGUUGGAUGUUCAGUGGAACAGAAUCAGAAAGCAGAGACAGGUCAGCUCAGGGGAGAAUUUGGGGCUCUGGACAGAGAUACCGGUAAGAGCAGAUGCUGAUGAACAGGUUAACAGGUCGGGUGUGUGGCAACGAAUGGCAGAGUAGCAACAUUUGGAAGUUGAUUGAUGAAAAAAGUAUUAGUUUGACUUUGAUGUUCGACACACAGUGUCUGUUGAUAUUGAGUAUAUUGCCUGUGGGAGCUUACUCUGUUAAAUUGCCUACUAAGUUGUCAUAAAAAAUAUUGACUGAGUGAUACUAUUUGGCAGAAGGGAAGUAAUGCUUCUAAACCCUUUGAAUAGCACUGUUCUUGCCAAGAAAUCUGUGAACUUUAGAAUGUACUGUCACUGGGAAUCGAGUGCGCAGGUGCCAAAGGUCUGUUGCAUCCAACUGUUUAAUUUUAAUUUUCACUUUCUUUGCAGUUUAAUAAUUAAUUGUCUGCUUGUAUUUUAAGUAGGUUUUGUGUGCAGAACAGUUUAAUAUGCCUUCAGUGACCAUACAAAGUAUCAUUCUGGAGCUUCUUUGUUAUUGUUUCCUCUGGUUAAUUUUUACUGUGGUGUAGACUAAGUACUUUUUAACGAGAAUAUUGUUAUGUUUAUAUUUGGAAUUUUUGUUAACUUUGGGUAUAAAGUAGCCAUUUUAUGCUGGAAACCUCUUUAGUUUCUCUCUCUUCAAGUAGUAAACCCCCUGUCACUAUUGCUGUCAACUUGAUCAUAAAAUGAUCAUGAAGCGACAAGUUUCAUGCCUCAUUCCUGACCUCUGAAAUAACCUUAGAGUUAAAUACCCAAAUGAGCUAAUUGGCAUGGUCAGCAGGAUUUAGAUCUCAGAAUAAUCCAAGAUAAAGGGGGAAAGUUUGGUGUCUAAAGAAAGAGGGUAAGAACUUACUUUCAUGUUUCAAAUUCGUCAGAGAAGAAAAAACUAGUUUUGACAUCAUCAGAUGGAAAUCGGGAUGGAGUACUGUUGUGUUGCUGUUUUUAAAAACAUCUGUUAAAAACAAACAUAAACUGGUAGAGCAUUAAGAAAUUAAUUUGGAGAAGCAUGGAACAGAGGUUAAAAUAAUAAUAAAUUUGUGUAAUCUAGCAGAGCAUGGAGAAAAUAUUAAAUUCGUGUUGGACAACAUGUUAAAAUUUCAAGAUUGCGGUCAAAGUAAAAGCACGUAUGUUUUAAAAUUGAAUCAGAACAAUGGCCAAUGUCAUGAAAUAUUUCAUUUUGAUAAAGUUAUUGAAAUAUUCCAAAAAUGUUGAAUGUAAUAAAAAUGGCUCCUAGCUGAUAUUGUGAAUGUAUGCAUAAGACAUACUUCUACUGAUUUAGAGAUAAGAUCCUUUGGUUGGUUUGAUCAAAUAUGAGAGUGAUUAAGGAGUUAGUGGGAUGAGUAGUCUUUUACUAAUUGAAAGAAACAUGAAUCUUGUGGUAAAUUACAAAAGCAGCAUGAUAGUGACAGUUAAAUGUAUAAAGAGCAGUUCUUUGCAAUAAUCUAGUGAGUGAAAGAACGAGACAGUAAUUCACUCAAAGUCACAAACACAAAAUGCUGGUGGAACUUGUGUUUGUGAGUGUUGCUCUGGAUUUCCAGCAUCUGCAGAAUUUCUUGUGUUUUCAAUUCAAUCGAUGUGCAUUGUUUGGGGCUCAGAAACAAACUUGAACAAUAUCAGAAUGUGCAGGUGCAACUAAAAAUGGUCAGACCUACUUGUGACGCUGCCUGAAAGCACCGGCUUCUCAGCUCUGCUGUAAGAAACAUAAUGGACUCCCUAUGCAGCGCCACCAUCUGAAUUCCAGAUAAUUACAUCAAACAGUCUCUGGAGACUGACUUUGUGGGUGGCACACACAAAACUGGAGGAACUCAGCAGGCCAGACAGCAACAAUGGAAAAGAGUAAACAGUGUACUUUUCAGGCUGAGACACUUCAUCAGGAUCCAUUGUUAAUAAAUGUAUUGUCAAGCUAGUGGCAGAUUCAUCAACUGUUGCUGAACCACUCAACAAUCUGCUGAAAGGCAGCAAUUGUCCAGACAACCCUGUGAUUCUUUAUGAAGGACAACUGAAAGCGUUUAAAACUUUAAAGGUAACAUUGUGUAUUGCACCUGCAUUAAAAAUCCCUGAUACAGAUAAAUCAUUUACCCUGUAUGUCACCGAUAAACACAUGAUAGCAGAUUUAGUUCAAGUACAAGGAGAUUGACAGUGUUGGAAUUGGUUGUUCUUUGUUCUUAUGUAAGAUAUUAAUUGAAUUAAUGAGCUUUUAGCAAGACUGAAUUUCCAGUUUCACUAAGAUAUAACGUAUUUUUAACUUACAUUUUUCACAAUAUGUGGUGUUGGACUCCAGCUACUGGUGGCAAAUCAUUUAUAUAAUGGUGUAGCUUUCAUUUUUUUAUUGGCUAAGUGUUAAAUACCUAGACUAUACCUGUGUGUCUUCCAAUAAGCCUUCUAUUAUACCUGGAAUUUGCCUUAUUUCAGUAUAAAAGUGUCCUGAUUCUGCAAGAUUAUUCUUUAGUUCAGUUUCUGCUGAUCUGGCAUAUUGUCAUGUGCUGUAUGCCUGUUUCUUUGUUUUAAACUUUCAAUAAACUAUUGUGAAG